AUGGCAUAUUCCAGGAUAGAUUUCAGUGCUUCAUUUACACAGGACUCUGAUGAAGUUCAGGAAAUGUUUUGUGAACAUUGUGAUAAACAUGACAAGCAAUAUGUUCCUGCUGAAGGAUUUUGUGUGAAAUGUUUCGAGUACUUGUGUGGAACAUGUGUGAAAUUUCAUAAAAGAUUAUUGGUCACUCAUUAUAUAAAGGAUAAGGAUUACAUGCCACAGGAUUUCUGUAUAGAGAAAUGUUCUGUUCAUCAAGAUGAAUUGGUAAAGUUCUAUUGUCAAGCUUGUAAGAAAUUUGCCUGUACUGAAUGCAAGACACAAGACCAUUGGUACUGUAGUAUGGUCAGUCAUUUGCCAGCUUUUGUUCCAGGGAUUGAAAACAGCAAAGCUUCUGAACAAAAUAUAACCAAUUUACAAGACUAUGACAAAUUGUUCACCUAUCAAGAAAUACAUGAAUCUAUAAUACCAAGAACUGCAAGUUAUCACACAGAUAUUAAAGUCUCAUGUUGCUCGUAUUCAUCUUUAUGCUUAUUAUCUGAAAACUGUCUUUUGGUUACUUAUUUCAAUUCUAGGAAGCUGAUUAUUUUCAAGGAUAUGUCAGUCAGCACUUCAUCAUAUGAUACAAUAGACCUGUCUUCCAGGUGUUGGGCUGUUGCUAAAGUUGACAAUAUUAAAGUUGCUGUCACAUUUGUUGAACUUGGAAUAAUAAAACUGAUAACAUUUUCUAAGUGUAUGACAGUGACAAAAACUGAAGAUAUAAAAGUAGGAGAAGGUUGCCGUGGUGUUGCCUAUAGUAACAACAAACUUAUAGUGUCAUACAUACACUAUCUAGCAACAGUGAAGAUACUUGACAUGUCUGGUAAAGUAUUGAAAAUAUUUGAUAAAGAUCAGCAUGGGAAUUGUCUGUUUGUUGAUCCUUAUUACUUAACAAUCAGUGCAGACAACACAGUUAUAUAUGUAUCUGACUUAAGGAAGAACUGUGUGAUAGGUUUAACCUUUGAUGGGAAUGUCAAGGCCAUUUACAAGGAUGACCAGCUGAAUAAACCAUGUCAACUGACUGUUGAUAGAUCUGGGGCAGUGUUUCUAUGUGGACUUUGGUCACACAAUAUAAAUCAAUUAUCCCCUGACCUGACCAAAGUGAAGAUUCUACUGGAUAAAAAGCAAGGAAUAAAAAGUCCAGCAGGUGUGGCAUACUGCCAGGAUAAAAACAGAUUGUAUGUGAGUCAAUGUGGUGAUCACAUUAAAGUGUAUGAAUUAUCAAUGGAAUAA